AUGUACCCGUCGACCCGAGUAUCACAGGGGAACAGGACCCCGUCGGCCCGAGUAUCACAGGGGAACAGGACCCCGUCGGUCCGGGUGUCACAGGGGAACAGGACCCCGUCGGUCCGGGUGUCACAGGGGAACAGGACCCCGUCGACCCGGGUAUCACAGGGGAACAGGACCCUGUCGACCCGGGUGUCACAGGACCCCGUCGGCCCGAGUAUCACAGGGGAACAGGACCCCGUCGGCCCGAGUGUCACAGGGGAACAGGACCCCGUCGACCCGGGUGUCACAGGGGAACAGGACCCCGUCGGCCCGAGUAUCACAGGGGAACAGGACCCCGUCGGCCCGAGUAUCACAGGGGAACAGGACCCCGUCGACCCGGGUGUCACAGGGGAACAGGACCCCGUCGACCCGGGUGUCACAGGGGAACAGGACCCCGUCGGCCCGAGUAUCACAGGGGAACAGGACCCCGUCGGCCCGAGUAUCACAGGGGAACAGGACCCCGUCGGCCCGAGUAUCACAGGGGAACAGGACCCCGUCGACCCGGGUGUCACAGGGGAACAGGACCCCGUCGGCCCGAGUAUCACAGGGGAACAGGACAUCCUGUCAGCACAAAUUCAAGCUGAAGUACUUCUGAAGACUGUCGUCGUGGCGUUUGGUGUUGAACCCAACUGUUAG